GGGAACUAACACAGAUGAAGAGAAAUUCUGAAAAGAUGAAGACUGCAGUCUUAACCUUAUACCUCUUCUUUCUGUGUGCAGUUGCCUUCCCUCAGGUGGAUGGCCAAGCAUCUGAAAGUGAAGGCUCCAUUGUUGAGACACCUCAACUCUGUGCUGGGACAAAUGAACAAUUUUUCCUAAUAUUACGACAACUAGAAUCCAAGCUGAAUAAUGCUGAGAAACAGCUGGCAGAUCUGAAAUCAUCAAUCCAAGGCAACCGUGUGGCAUUUGGAGCAUCUAUCGGCAAUGUUGGAAAUACUGGACCAAUGAAUGCAGAGAUCACACUGACUUACAAAAAUGUCUACUUUAACUCAGGUUCUUACAACCCUGCAACAGGUAUUUUUACUGCUCCGGUCAGAGGAGUUUAUUACUUCAGCUUCUCUGGUCAUAAUACAUCAACUAGACCGAUGGGGCUGCGUCUGAUGAAGAAUGGAGAGCAGAUGGUGACAGUGUACAACCAUGCUGCUGGAAAUCGCUAUGAGACAGCCACCAAUGGCAUGACUCUGCAGCUGGCUGCAGGAGACCAGGUGUACAUGAGGCUCCGUCCGGACACCUGGAUCUAUGAUAAUGUCAACAACCACAGCACCUUCAUUGGCCAUUUGUUAUUCCCUCUGUAAGCUCAGACAAGCAUGAUUUGAAUAGCAAAUGAGUAAACAGAACAAUAUUGACAUGCAGGUUUUGGUUGAUUAUUUUUGGUGGUGACAGAGGUGGCAGGGUUACAGUAACAAUCUACAGAUUUAGAACUUGGUGGUGGUGUCAGAAUUAAAACCAGUAUUUUAAAGCUUGUCUCAAUGGAACAAUAAAGUCUGAAUAUGUGCAGCA